ACAAAAUUCAAACUGCCUCAUAUAUCCCACCCCAUAUUCUCUUCUUUGAUUCAUUCUUCUGAACUCUUUAUAUAUAGAGUGAGAGAGUCUCACAAGGGUGUCUUGAUAUCUAAUUAUAUUUUCACAAGGAGUUAUUGGUAGUGGUUGUUACUUGUUAGUAUUUAAAUAUGGUGUCUCACAAAGUUAGCCUCUUUGUUUUUGUGCUUCUUCAAGCCAUUUUCUUGCUUUCUUCGCCAGUGCACUGUGACGAGGAAGAUGAUCUUCUUCAAGGUCUCAACAGCUACAGGCACUCUUUAAACCUGCCGGCCCUUGUCAAGCACACGAAUGCAGGAUGCCUCGCUGAUAAAAUUGCUGGCAAGCUAGAGGAUGAACCUUGUACAUCAGCCAGAGCGGCAAGCCCUGUGCAAAUAGACGACUAUCCUGACCUACUAUCAAAGUGUGGCAUUGAUGUUAAUCACACUAAUGAAGGUGUUGCAUUACCUGUUUGCGUGCCUCAUUUGGUCCCAACUUUAUUGCUAACAAAUUAUACACGAACCCCAUAUGCAAGAUACAUCAAUGCUUCAAGAUUUAGUGGAGCAGGACUUGGUCAUGAAGAUGACUGGAUGGUGGUGGUCCUGACCACAAGCACCCCAAGAGGGGACUUUGCUGGGGCUACUAGUUUGGUUUCCAGGGUCGGUCUUGGCCAUUGCUUGGUGACUUUGUUGCUAGGAGCUCUUGUUUAUCUAUUGUAUUAAAUAGUGCUAACCAUGGUACUCCAUGUUGUUUCUUUUAUUAGGAUUUUGGCAUUGUAUGCGUUGUGCUGUUUUAGAUCAAUAAAUUUAGUAGGUUUGAUUUUAA